UGGAAAAUAUCACUGGUUGUCCCACAGCUUUGCCAAUGUACAUUUCCUAGACACAUAACAUUGGGAUCAGUUGAUCCUUUUCUCGGUCACAUAUUUUAUUUACCGAUUUUUAUUCAGAACUUGGGGAAUGCCAAGUAUUGUUACACCUAGGAGGUUGUAUGAGGCUUUAUGACAUUAUUAUACAAAGAAACCUUUGCUAAGAACAUUCAGCCAAAAAAUUGCUUUCCUAUAUUCACCCAAGAGGUUCAUCUAAACUGUCCCUUGGUCAUCAAAGGCACAAAAUGACCUAAACGUAUGUAAAACCAAACAAGGUAACAUCACUAGAUAUUAAAAGCAAUGCAAACCUUUUUACAGUAUACGGCAGAGAAGGGACUAUUGGUGCCCAAGAAAACGUUACCAAGCCACGUCCUAAAAACAGAAUUUAUUAUUUCUCCGUACCACAUCUAUAGCUGGACGUUCUGCUCGACGUCCUACAGAAGCCAGUCAUGGCUUGUGCAAGUCUUUGAUUUUAUUUGCUUUAAAAACGUAGCUUUCCAAAACUACUAAAACUAAAGAAUAUCCUGGACAUGGAUUAAAUCCUAGUCCUUUACAGACCUCUCUCCAAUAAAACGCCGCAGCCGUCUGUCUAAGCGUUGACAUAUCUGACGUGAAACACAGACUUGUGAUUACCGUGUAACCUCUCUCACUCAAAGCCCCCGACAGCAGUAUCAUUGAUACAAGAGAAGACACUUGUCAUACUCUACAUAUCAGCAUCAUUCUAUACGGUUUUCCUUCACAUUCCUCCAGUAACUCAAUAUAUCAGAUAUUACGCAGUAAUUGCUAGAUCAGGAGCAGUCACUGUCUGCCGGGUCCUGUGAAGCAGAAUGUGCGAUGUCAAUUGUGGUUAGGCAAUGAGCGGCCGGAGAGAUGACAGCAUAGUGUUGCUCACCAGCCUCGUUAUAUAUACAGUACUGCCUUACCUCUCCCCCUCUAUGGCAUACGAGUGCAACAUACAAAAAGAAACUAUAAAAACCUUCCUAACUGCUACUGAGAUAAGGGAGACAGAUGACAAUAUGUUAUUCACUGCAGACCUCGGUGCUCUAGAUAAUCUAGGGGUAUAACAUCUGCCAGUUUAAGCUCUAGGACUAAACACACACCUUGCUCAUAGAUAAUGUGGAGCACGAUCCAUCUCAUGGUUACACAAUUUCUAUAGUUGUAGUUGUUUAUCUUGUAAUACACGUCCCCUAAAGACCUAUGAUCCUGAUAAUACACCGGUCGUAUAAUGUACAUGAUGUCUACGGAUUGUAACAGAAAAUCUACGGCGAAGGUAAGUGCAAUGGAUCGUCUAGAUAUUUGCCAUGGAGGUAACAUUACACCCAACCCAACAAAAAGGCAACCAAAACUGCAAAUGUGCAACUUAAGCAGCGUCGACACUUGAAUUCACACAAACCCCUGAUGAAGUUUGGUCCUCGAGUUUGCCUUUAAAAAAAAAAAUUAUAAUCGCCAUCUCUUUAGCUACUCGCUAAGGCGAUAUCAUAAAAGCGUGAUUUAUUAACGACAAUCCCUUGGCUUGGCUUGGACUCGUCCUCCUCUUCUGUCCCCAUCUGAAUUCCCCUUUUUUUUUUUUUUCUUCUUCUCCAAGUUGACUGUCCCACCUUGCUUCUGAAGUUGUCUCCUGAUUGGUGUGCGCCCCCUCCCUUACGUCACUCAGAAUGUGACGUUCAGUCUUCCUGUUUCCUCCAGCUGUGUCUUAAAGUAAAUCUUGUUGUAGCGCGGAGCCUCAGCUGAGCUGUGCCUGCAGAACUAAUACAAUUACAGCCAGCCAAAGGAGAGAGAGCAGCACAAAAGAUCUCUCCUCGCUCUGCUCCCUGCUUCUCCACACUCAGCCUCCUGUUUGUUCUCUGUCAGAUUCACACACACGCGCGCACACACACACACACUCACACACAUACGUACUCAUACACCCUGUCCUUUAGUCAUUCAGACACACACCAACAUUCUCCUUCCCUUGUCAAAUUGUACUAUUCAUCAGCAGAUAGCCCAGGCUCCUUGCUUUUUUUCGCCGGCACACAGGAUCACUUUCCUCUCUUUCACUGAGGUCCCAGGAUUCUCGAGCUGUGCCCAGCUGACAAGCUUUUGAAGAUGGCACAAUAACACUCCAGUGAUGCCUGACCAUGACAGCGCAGCCCUCUUAAGCAGGCAGACCAAGAGAAGAAGAGUUGACAUUGGAGUGAAAAGGACUGUAGGGACAGCAUCUGCAUUUUUUGCUAAAGCAAGAGCAUCAUUUUUCAGUGCCAUGAAUCCCCAAGGUGGAGACCAGGAUGUUGAGUAUUCAGUGGUGCAGCAUGCAGAUGGGGAAAAGUCGAAUGUACUCCGCAAGCUGCUAAAGAGGGCGAACUCCUAUGAAGAUGCAAUGAUGCCUUUUCCAGGAGCAACCAUCAUUUCCCAGCUGUUGAAAAAUAACAUGAACAAAAAUGGUGGCACAGAGCCCAGUUUCCAAGCCAGUGGGCUCUCCAGCACAGGCUCAGAGAUACAUCAGGAGGAUGUGUGCAGCAACUCUUCAAGAGACAGCCCCCAAGAGUGUCUUUCCCCUUUUGGCAGGCCUUCGAUGAGAGAGUUUGAAUUAGAUCGGUUGUGUGAUGAACACCUGAGAGCAAAGCGUGCCCGGGUUGAAAAUAUAAUCAGAGGUAUGAGCCAUUCCCCAAAUGUGUCAAUGAGGGGCAAUGAAAAUGAAAGAGAGGGAGCCCCCCGGUCCAUAAGUCCCCGAGAAAGCUAUAGAGAGAACAAGCGCAAGCAAAAACUGCCGCAGCAGCAGCAGCAGAGUUUCCAGCAGCUGGUUUCAGCUAGGAAAGAGCAGAAGCGAGAGGAGCGCAGACAGCUGAAACAGCAGCUGGAGGACAUGCAGAAACAGCUGCGCCAGCUGCAGGAAAAGUUCUACCAGAUCUAUGAUAGCACUGAUUCUGAGAAUAAUGAAGAUGGCAACUUCUCCGAAGACAGUAUGCACUCUGAAAUGGUACAUGGUAGAGCCAGGGAUUCUGUGGGCAGGUCUGACAAUGAAAUGUUUGAUUUAGAUCCCGGACAGUUCAUUGACCGUGCACGAGCCCUUAUCAGGGAGCACGACAUGGCACCAGGUAAUCAACAAAAAAGAGAAGGACCUAAAGACAAAGAUCAUUUACAUAGCAUUUUCCACCCAGAAGGCAAACAUCUGGCAGAAACACUGAAGCAAGAACUGAAUACUGCCAUGUCCCAGGUCGUGGACACGGUGGUAAAGGUCUUUUCUGCUAAACCCAUACGUCAACUUCCUCAGGUCUUCCCACCCCUUCAGAUUCCUCAGGCAAGAUUUGCAAUCAAUGGAGAAAACCAUAAUUUCCACACCACCAACCAGCGUCUGCAGUGCUUUGGCGAUGUCAUCAUUCCAAAUCCCUUGGACGCAUUUGGUGGCGUUCAGUUGCCUAGCUCCACAGACCAAACUGAAGCACUGCCCCUAGUUGUACGAAAAAAUUCUAAUGACCAGCCUGCCCCUGGACCUCCACCUAGCCACCAUCCUUCACUACAUCAGUCUCCUCUCUCUGCAGCUGCCAGCUUUUCCUCCUCUUCUUUUCGUCACCCAUUCCCUCUUCCACUCAUGGCAUACCCAUUUCAAAACCCAUUGGGUGCCCCUUCAUCAGCCUUUCAAUCAAAAGACAGAUCAUCCCCAGAAUCCCUAGACUUGACUAGAGAGACCACCAGUUUAAGGACCAAGAUGUCAUCCCACCAUAUGAACCAUCAUCCAUGCUCUCCAGCCCACCCACCAAGCUCAACGGAAGGCCUGUCGCUGUCUUUCAUCAAAUCAGAGUGUGGAGACCUGCAAGAUAUGUCUGACAUUUCACCUUACUCUGGAAGUGCAUUCUACAUGCAGGAAGGCCUGUCUCCAAAUCACUUGAAAAAAGCCAAACUCAUGUUUUUUUACACGCGUUAUCCAAGCUCCAACAUGCUGAAAACCUUCUUCUCAGAUGUGAAGUUUAAUAGAUGCAUUACCUCUCAACUCAUCAAGUGGUUCAGCAACUUCCGGGAGUUCUACUACAUCCAAAUGGAGAAGUAUGCCAGGCAAGCCAUUAAUGAUGGUGUAACCAGCACAGAAGAACUGUCCAUCACCCGUGACUGUGAGCUAUACCGGGCCCUAAACAUGCACUACAACAAAGCCAAUGACUUUGAGGUUCCGGAGAGAUUCCUGGAAGUGGCGCAGAUCACAUUACGAGAAUUUUUCAAUGCCAUUAUAGCCGGCAAAGAUGUUGAUCCUUCCUGGAAGAAGGCCAUAUACAAGGUUAUCUGCAAGUUGGACAGCGAAGUCCCUGACAUCUUUCGUUCCCCAAACUGCCUACAAGAACUUCUUCACGAGUGAUGAUUCCACUGCUGGUUCUGAAUGUACAAAACUGACUUUUAUUUUGUCGCCUACCCCCUACCCUUUUCUUCCGCUCCCCCUUUGCUGCCCUCAAGUUUGUGUGUGUUAGUGUGAUUGCAACUGUGCAGCCAUAUAAAUUCUGUAAUGUAUUUUAUUUAUAUACCCCCCUCCCCUCUUUUCAAUGAUAACAUGUGAGUAGCUACGAGCUAUCAUCCUACAGUAAAUGUUUUAUUGAGCUCCCUGUAAUUAUUGCUGAGCACAAUAAGGACGAUGAGUCUGAUGUGUAUAUUGUAUUUUAGGGCAUUUAAGAGAAGUCUAUGUAUUUACCGUUACGUUUGUCAUUCUGUGGAUUUAUAAUCGAUUUUUUUUUAUUUUAUUUCCUAAAAUCCACUAGUUAGUAAACUGUAUUUAUAUUUACGGUCAUGUUAAACUGUAUCGGUCUUCAGUGCACCGUUGGGUGUAGCCAUCUUGUAUGCUAAAGUGAAACCCAUAGAAGUGAAUUAAUACUUGGGGGGUUACGGGUUCUCAUUGAAGAGACCCAGCUGGUAUGGAGUCUUACAGGCAGUGCUUCAUGGGGAAAAAAAGUAUGCAAAUUAGUUCUCCUGUAAGUCAGUGUCCAUCCCAUAGAGGAGCCUUGAGACAUAAAUAGGAGAUUUGGCCAAGCCAGAGCCCCCUCGUGUGGACAGAUGUUUUCGGGGGGUUUGCCCCUCGUCGGUGCAGAGCAGGGUACUUGCUGGGAGAAUUAUUAAGCUACAUGGCUACAUCUACUGUGCACAGAUGAUGCGUUCACAGUUUAACGCAUUAUAAAACAUUGCAGAGCGAUGUUCCCGACGCUGACAAAACGGAAGGAAUUCGGUUCUGUCCAUCUCAUCUCUCGCGGGAUUAUUACUCAGGCGAUGUAGGAGUAGAUUUCAAAGAAAUAACAUAUGGCACAUAUAAGAAUGGUUACUGUUCUUCUGAUACUUGAGCAAAUAUGUCGGCAGACAAGCUGCCAUCCUGUAUACCGGAGGGGUCACUGCCUCCAUUGUUGUAUAUUAAAGGGGGCUACUACCUGUCUAGGCUAGCAAGGAAUUCACCUUAUGGCACAAAUGUCCUCAUUUUAGCACAGUAGGUGUCACAAUGCAGGACGCUGGUUGACAUUUUUCAUUUGAUUUCAGUGCACAGGUUAAUUGCUCGUGAUAUUACACUACAGAUGUAUUAUAAUGUUAUAGCUACUGGUUAUCUGGUGGAGCGUCCAGGGUGUAUGUACCGUAUAGGCAGCUGUUGUGGAGAGUUCUUCUUGCUCGGGUUGACCCCAUCCUCCGGGGUGGAGUGAAUCUGCACAGGGCUUGCCACUCCCCAGGCCCAUGAGAGGGGCCCCAUUUAUUACUACCUGGCCCCUAUCUCCUCUAUGUACAUCCCCGAAAUGCACUAAUUAUGUCUCUCUCACAUAGGAAUAGUUAGUGCCUGUUCAGCUAUGUAUUUUUGCACCAACCCAUCUCCUUGAAUGGUUGUGCAAUUGGCUGCUCGCGCACGGAAAUGACUACUGCACAAAACAAAGCAAAAAUCCCUUUCAGGGACAUAGAAAGUCAGAACACUGUGAACUACCUAAAUUGGGGUCAUCACUGGAAACUAAAAAGUUGCUGCUGCUAUCCCCUGUAAGAUUUGUCAUGAAAUAGUCACAAGUAUUUUACCUGAAGUGUAAAGUGAUAUUCUUUUUCUUGGGGGGGG